CUUCCGCAGUAUCGUUCUUUCUACCUUCUUCUUCGUGUUCUUCGCGGAAGGAAACUAAAAAUAAUUGCAUCUUCACGCUCAAAGGAAACUAAUUUGAUUCAGCCCCGAUUCCUCCUUGCGUUGGAUUUUCAAGGAAGGAAAGAAAUACCAGGAAAUCUGCGCCUACAAUGAAGGAAAGUCCAAAUCUGCUAAUUCUUGGCAGAUUCUUCGCGUCAAUUCCGAAAUCUACAAUGUCAAAAUCCGCUUAUUCUUCGGCGUCAAUUCCAUAAUCAGCCGUUUGAUUAAGUUCGAGAUUACACACGGUUGCAUUUUCGUCCUUCUUCCCAUAACUGCGACAAUCCAACCGGAGCAAUGGUCUGCUGGGUUGUUAUUCUCUAUUUCUUCUUCCGUCUUCAAGCCUCUCUCUCAGUGUAUAUGACCGUCGUCUUUGAUUCAAGUGACUUUUCGAGUUCUAACCUCUCAUUUAGUGCAUCCAAUAAUCCAGAAGUCUACAUCACUCUUUGAUGAUAGAGUUCUUUCAAGGGGCUGCCAUAUGCAGAAAAGAUUAUAGUUGGAUUUCAUAAAGAAUUUGUGGCCAGACUGUUGUUGCUGUUGUUGAAGCAAAGGUUGUUGUUCAAGUGACUGUUGGUGAUAUUGUCAUAAUGUUCAUUUGGCUGUUGAAGUUACAGCCAUGUCGUACUAUUUGUUUUGUGGCUGCACAAUUUGAGAUAAUUGUUAUGGGCUCAAAGCCAAUGUAUUCUGAUGUAAUGUUCAUUUGGAGGCAAUCUCUAUUGAAAUGAAGGAGAAUUUGGUGAAUAUAGCAUAGGCAUUUGCUUUAUCCACUACACUCGAGUUAAAUGUUGUGUUCUAGAGUGUUGGAGCCACGGCCCGACCCAAAAGGACCGAAAAAUUGAAAAGGAUAAGGGGAAAGAUAAGCGGAGAGAAGAAAUCCCCAAAUCUUCUUCUUCAUCCAUGGAGGCUUCGAUCCUCUCCACAUUCUAUCCUCCUCUUCCUCUCUCAAACAAAUCCCAUUUCUGCAGCACUCUCAAACCCACUCCCCGGAGACAAGCUUUUACCGUCCGGUCAGCGAUAAGCAGAACGAAGAAAGAAGAGACGGUGGAAACGGUGAGGCAGGAGCUCCAGGAUUGCCGCCUUCUCGCCGGGAUCAGUUACAAAGGGUUCACGGUGAGGCAAUUUCAACAACUCCGGGCGCAGAUCCCGGAGACCACCAAGGUAAUCGUGGCGAAGAACACUCUGGUGCUCAAGGCCAUCGAAGGGACUCCAUGGGAGGCCUUGAAGCCGUGUAUGACUGGGAUGAAUGCCUGGUUCUUCGUUCACGGCGAGGAAAUCCCGGCGGCGCUGAAACCCUACCGGACUUUCCAGAAGGAGCAGAAGCUGGACGGGAACGACUUCACGGGCGCGGUUUUCGAGGGGAAGUUCUAUGGGCCUGAUGAGUUCAAGGCCCUGGAGACGUUGCCUUCACGGGCCGAGGUUUACGCCACGCUUCUGGGCUCUCUGAAAGGCCCAGCCUCUGCUGUUGUCGGGACGCUGCAGGCCCCAGCUAGGAACUUGGUAAUGGUGUUGCAGGCCCAUGUAAAGAAGCUGGAGGAAGAGGGAAGCCCAUAGUGUUGAAGGCAUUGGCCCAGAAAAAAAGGGUAUGUAUUGCUUUUGUAUAAUGGAAAAAAUGUCAUUUUGUACAUUUAUCACAUUGUGUAAUUUCAGCUUUGUUUGGUUAACCAAACUGCACCAUCUUCUGAGCUGUGUUUGGCAUUUUAUUUGUAGCUUUGUAUGGAGUACUUCUUAAGAUGCAACACAAUGCAUAUUUACCCAUGAAAAUGAAUGAACACUUUUGUUGAAGUCUCAAAGAAAAUGUUAGAUGUCAUGUUCCGUAUUGCUAUACCAUCCCACUUCUCAUAGAACUUUUUGUUUCAGUUUCUUUUGUUGAAGUCUCGCGUCAAGUAGGGAUGGCAAUUCAAUCUGAACCCGACCCCGACUCGUUGCUCUCUAACGCCAGAUAAGAAGCAUAGCUGCUAGUUAUGGGUUAUGAACAAUCAAUUUUAGAAUUGGACCCCGGAAUGUGCUCUAAUAAACACACAAAACAUUA